UGGAGGAUAUGACUCGCGGUGACGCGAAGUAGAGAAGAAAAAGCGAAAGGUUUUGGGUCUGGGGAACCUUUACUCGCAGUGACAGGGCAGCGACCUUCAUCAAAUAAGUUUGUUUUUGUUUAAAAUGUCGCUGAGCGCGACUUGCGAGUCUGUUGCUCAGAAAAGGAGCUUGUCGAGUCUCCUCGCGGGUCAUGUGAUGAAGAGACCGAGGCAGGGCGAUGGGCAGCAGCUACAAGAGGCUGCAGUCCAGCUGUUGGAAACACAGCAGAACCUCAGCAGUCUGCUCCGAGAGGUCGGGGAUCUAAAUCCACCUGCUUCCAACAGCAGUGUGUCUGGUGAAGCCCAGCAAGCUGCGUCGCAGAAGAUCCCAACCCUCAUUUCAGGUGCUCUGAUGGCGUCUGAGUUGCGGCGUCAGGCGGCGCGGCUGGGCGUCCCAGUGACAGCGCUGUCGGUGAAAACCAUCCUGGAGCGACUGAAGGAGAUCACUGGCACUCCAGCUGAGGAGGGGGACGAGGGAAGGAGGCCAGUUCUCACCUCAUCUCAGAGAGUCAAACUUGGCGUGCUGAUGGAGUUCAGCAGGGAUCUUCUCACUCAAGGAGCACUCUGCCCCAGGCUUCUGUGGACGGGCUACAGGCAGGAGCAGGAGGAGCCACACCUGGAGGUGGUGCAGCACCUUCACCGCCACAGUCUUCUCACCCUGAAGGAGAUUUUAGAGAGUGAUGAAGGUGUGAGGUGGUGGCUGCUGCCUCGUGUGAAGGCCCUGUGCUGUUGGGCUCCUCCACAGGAGGAUGACAAGAAGGUCCAACGUCAGCUGUUGAUCACUGUGGUUGGAGUGUUGGUGGAAACUGGCUUCAGGUGGAGUGACGAGCCGACGGCGGCCAACAAGAAGACGCUCCUCCUCAGCCGCUCCGUCCUGGACGACAUGCUCUUCUGGCUCCUGGACAGCCUGGACACCACGCCUCAGUCGACCCCAGCAGGAGCUCAGCUCUGGUCGGAGCUCUACGACGCGUCUCUGUGUGAAGCGGCCGUGUCUCCUGAUGCCUUGCAGAACUUCUUCACUCACUCUCUGACUCAGACGCUCACCUACAAGCCUCAGCUCACAGUGUCAGACACCGUCACGCUGCAGAACCAGUGGACUUUCCCAAAAACCAGUCGCCUGUUGACGUCUCUUUUCCGCAGACUGGCUGUGACCUCCGACGUGGAGCAGCUGCUGCGGCGCCUGCAGCAGGUGUUGGAGACUCACGAGGUGAACUGGAAACACGUGCUGUGCUUCCUCUCCACUCUGCUGGUCUACAGCUGCUCCACCCAGGGCUGCCUCAGAGAGCUGUUGGCCAAACUCCUCACCUCUGCUUUCGAGAGCUACGACCUGGAGAACAUGAUCACCGCCUUUCUGCUGGCUCGCCAGGGCGCCCUGGAGGGUCCCGCCGUCUUCCUGUCCUACAGCGAGUGGUUCAAGGUGUCCUUCGGAGGAGCCAGCAGCUGCCAUGCAAACUCCAAGAAGUCGCUGGUCUUCCUGCUGAAGUUUCUGUCGGACCUGGUGCCCUUUGAACCUCCACACUACCUGAAGGUCCACAUCCUCCACCCGCCCUACGUUCCCCUGAAGCAUCGCGCCAUCCUCAUGGAGUACGUCUCUCUGGCCAAGACCAGACUGGCCGACCUGAAGGAGUCCGUGGAGGAGAUGAGUCUGUACAAUGACGUCUCUGCCUCGGGUGCAACUCAAGAUCAGGCCGUCCAGGACGUGGAGAAGGCUGUGACUCUGUUCGAGAGCACUGGGAGGAUCUCCGCCACCAUCAUGGAAGCCAGUAUUUUCCGGAGGACUUACUUUCUCACUCGGUUUCUUCCUGCUCUGUUGAAGCCUCGACUGCUUCCUGGGAAGCCAGACGCUCGGAUGAGUUUCAUCGAGGCGCUGCAGAAGGCGGAUAAGAUCCCAGCAGCUCAGCACACAGCAUAUGCCGAGGCCUGCCAGAAGCUGAGACAUGGAGACGGAGGCUCAGCGUGUGGCAGUUCUCUCGAUGGUCCCCUGCAGGUUCUGCACCUCCAGCUGGAGGAGCUCCGACAGCUGGUGAAGGCCAGCGAAGCAGAGAUGUCAGCCCAGCUCUCCAGGGUCGCCCACACGCUCUGCUCCAUCUUUCCGGAGCGACCCGAGGACCUGACGGGCCGGAGAGUGACGCAGCUGCCCACAGACUCGCCUCCGUCCUCGCCGCUCCACCUGAAGGCCGUGGACAUGGUCCUCAGGGUCUUCUGCCAGUGCUUGUUGGACGCAUCCCGGACAGACCCUCCUAACAAGCAGAGCGACUGGGCUUCCACCUCUCUGUGCUUCCUGCUGAGCAACACUCAGCUGCUCUCCAGCCUGCUGCACAGACUCUGGCAUCUCCUGCACCACCAGGGCUCAUCUCUGGAGGCCUCCCACCUGCUGGGCCUGGCAGCGCUCCUGGUCCACCUCCAUGUCCUGGUGACCUCUCCGGUCCAGCUCUGCCCUCCCAGCGUGCCCGGUCUGGUCUCGGUCUCUGAGGCUCUGGCUUCUGCCCUGAGCUGCAGAACAUGUGGCGACAUGCUCUUCAGCGUCAGAGUGUGUGUGGCAGCUGCGUGUUAUGGAAUGUGUCGAGCCGAGUCCUCGUCUCCAGAUCAGCCUCUCAGCUACGUUCCCAGCCCCAUCUUCAAGAAGCUGCUGUACCUGCUCCCGAGACUGAUGCCGGAGUGCCGGCGGACGCCGCCUGCUGAGUCAGCAGAGGAGCAGAGCCUGUGGAGCAGCAGCAUGGACGGCAGCAGCUCCUGGAGGAGGACGGCCCUGCGCCUGUGGAGGCUCCCUGUGUUCCGCCAGCCGGCACCAGAGUGUCAGGUGAGUCCGUCCGUCCUGCAGGAAGUGGAGUGGCAGGGGCUGAGUCUAGGCUGUGUCCAGCUGUCCGUCGCUGAGUGGCUGACCUGGGAGCUGCAGGUGUCCAGGAGUGAAGAUGCGCUGAGCGACUCGGAGCGGCUGGAGUACCAUCAGUGGGCGUGUCUGGAUCACUUCCUGUCUGCGGCAGAGACCAGCGGCGGCUGUGAGGGAAACACCAGGAGCCUGGUGGCUCAUCUGCUGCAGGCCGUCAUGGAGCAUCAGCUCAGGAAGCCCCGCCCUCAGAGCUCAGACACCUGUCUGUCGGACAUCCUCGGCCGCCUGCAGGACCUGGUGCUGGACGAGGAGCUCGGCGCCCUCUACUGCAGCCGCCCGGACGCGCCGCAUCUCUCUGACUUCCUGUUUGAGCUGGUGUCUCAGAGGCUGUCGGACACGGAGAGCGUGGGAGCUGAGCUUGCUGUGACCGUGUGGAACAGGGUUCUUCUGGCUCUGCCGUCGGUGUGUUUCAUCAAAGUGGUGACCCUCGGUGGCAGGACGACUCUGGACUGCACAGCUCUGGUGAAGCACAUCAACCUGCACCAGAGGCGGGUCUGUGCCGCGGGCGGUGGCCUAUCCUUCCCGGUGACGUCUCACUUCCUGAAGGGCCUGCUGCGUGCCGCCACUCGCUGUGGACCCGCCGAGUUCAACAGGUGCUGGACUCAGAUCAGCCUGCAGUGUCCCCUGCUGCUGGUCUCCACCGUGCUGUGGUGGGAGCGUCUCUCUGCUGCCGCCACGUGUCGCCGUGACGGAGCUGAUCUUCCAGAGCCGCUGCAGCUUCUCUCCUCUGCUCAUCACUGGGCCUGCAGCGUGAGGACGGGGAAGCUGCUGCAGCCCCCCCCGCCCCCGGCCUCCGCCCCGCCGCUGCUGCUGGCCGCUGCUCUCUUCACAGCCUGGACAGCUGGAGACCUGAGCUCGGCGCUGGAGCUGCUGCGCCCCGACACGGACAGCCGACACCGAGAGGUGCUGGUCCACCUGCUGUUCCUGGCCGUCAGCAGCUACGUGUCGGCCUGGCUGCGCCCUCAGGAGUGGAGCCCGCAGCCUCCCCUGCGGCUCUGCUCGCAGGUCCUGGCCCGGCUGGCCCACUGGCCCGACUGGCUGCUGCUCUUCACACCUGACGCCGCUUCCAAGGCUGUGGCCCUGGCGACGCCCGCGGACGUGAGCCGGCUGCUGCCCUGGGCCUUCUUCAGGUGA